AUGGAGAAAGAAGAGCAGCAAGUGGACAACUCUGCUAUAGCUAAACCGACAAUCAGUCAAUCUAUACCUCAAGAAAAAGAUAAUGAAGAGGAAAAUACUUCUGAACCAGUAAAGGCAGAGCAAAAAUCAAAGGAGUCAGAUAAGCUUGUGCAGAAAAAAGAAGAUUCUCAACCACUCUCUAAGGCAAAACAGGUUCCUUUUCCUCAAAGACUCCAAAAACAGCACCAAGAGCAAAACUUCAAGCGAUUUCUGGAUAUUCUGGAGCAAUUACAAAUUAAUAUACCCUUCAUGGAAGCACUUCAUAACAUGCCUAGCUAUGUGAAGUUCAUGAGGGAUAUUCUCACAAAGAAAAAGAGGCUUGAAGAGUACGAAACAGUGGCAUUAACAAAGGAAUGCAGCAGCUAUGUCUCCAACAAAUUGCCUCAGAAAUUGGAAGAUCCAGGUUCUUUUACAAUUCCAUGUACAAUAGGAGAUAGAUAUAUUGGUAGAGCCUUAUGUGAUUUAGGCUCUAGCAUAAACUUAAUGCCAACUUCUAUCCUUAAAACACUUGGAGUGAAAGCCUCUCCAACCACAGUUACUCUCCAAUUAGCUGAUAGAACUCUUGCAUACCCUGAUGGAAAAAUAGAGAACAUCUUAGUUAAAGUUGAUAGAUUUAUUUUUUUCAGCCGAUUUUAUAAUCUUAGAUUGUGA